CCACGCGCCCGUCGCGUCCCCCCUCCCCCCCCUCCCCACCCUCCAAGUCCAAGCGGCGAGAGCGGAGAGCUAGCGACAGCGAGGGCGGGAGCACGAAGGCGAAUCCCCAUGGCGACGGACGGCGAGCAGCAGCAGGCGCAGCCGGCGGAGGAGGUCGUGUCCGUCGAGAUGCCCGCGCCCGAGGGGUGGACCAAGAAGUUUACUCCCCAGAGAGGAGGAAGAUCUGAGAUUGUUUUUGUUUCACCAACUGGAGAGGAAAUUAAGAACAAGAGACAACUAAGCCAGUACCUAAAGGCACACCCUGGAGGCCCUGCUGCUUCUGAGUUUGAUUGGGGAACUGGUGAUACCCCAAGACGUUCUGCUCGCAUUAGUGAGAAAGUCAAGGUUUUUGAUAGCCCGGAAGGUGAGAAGAUCCCGAAACGCAGCAGGAACUCAAGUGGCCGAAAGGGCAAGCAGGAGAAAAAAGAGGCCCCUGAAACUGAAGAAGCCAAAGAUGCUGAAGCUGGCAAGAAUGCAGAGGAGGCCCCUAAUGAAGAUGCCGCCACGAAGGACACUGAUGUGGAGAUGAAGCCUGCUGAAGAGGUGAAAGAGGCUCCUACUGGAACUGAAGACGCGGAGAAGUCUGCUGACAAGGCUGAUGCUCCUGCUCCAGCACCUGCAGAAGAAGAAAAGAAGGAAACCGAGAAACCUGCUGAAUCUGAUGUUGCCCCUCCCACGUCAUUGGAGGAGAAGAAAGACGUGGAGAAGAAAGACGUGGCAGAAGAGAAGAAGGAAGAUGCCAAGCCAGCUGAGCCUGAAGCUCCAGCUCCAGCAAGCAACCCUACUGACAACUCAGCCCCUGCUCCCGCUGAGCCUGCUGCAGCUGCCACUCCAGCGUCUGAAACCAAAUCAGACGCUGCUGCUCCAGCGUCUGGAACCAAACCAGAUGUUGCUCCAGUAGAGAACUCCGCUGACAAAGGCGCUAGCCAGGAGAGCCAGCCGAACGCCGUCAACAACGGGCAGCUGCCGCCCUCCGCGGUGAAGUGCACCUGAACCCGGAACCGGAAGGAAGCCUGAACCCCACCCUUCCGGCGCCGUGUAUCUCAUUUAGGAACAUUUGCAUUCGCGUUGUAAUCAGUCAAAAACGGUGGAUUGGUAAGCAUGUUAAUUAGUCAGUCUGACGCUGCUGGGUGACAGUCGGUAAGUUAAAAGUAGGCUCUGCAUUUUAGCUUUUGGUAUGGCUGGUGUCAGCCGCCGUACAUGUAUCCAUCAUCGACAUCUUCUUGGUUGCAUUGUACCUAACUGUGCAAGUUAAUCUUAGGACAUGUAUACUCUCUGAAUGUCUGUAGACUCUAGUCUGUACCUGUGCUGCGUAUUGUGUAACCUGCAAAACCAGUUGCAUUU